AUGUUCAACAGUUGAUUAUAUGAAAAAAGAUAACAUUACAAAAGAAUUUGAAAAUUUUUUAAUAAAACUUAGUUUUUCAAUUAAGAAUAAAUAAAUAACAAGUUAAAAAAGAAAAGGAUGAAAAUAAUAUUUUUGUCAAAGUUUAUUAUUUUUUGACAUACAAAUUUGUUAUACCAAAAGAGGAAGAAAAUUAUUCAAGUUUCAGAAUCAACAGACCAUCACAGUAUGAACAGCAACACAUCAUCAAUCUUCAUUCAACAAUCAUCGGAAUUUCAAUUUCUUUCCGUUUGUCACUACAUUACAAUUUUUGGUUUGUAUUUCUACAAUAAGAAAUUAAUUACACUUGAUGAGCGAAGUCAUUCUGUUCCUGUUUUAAAUACUUACUUUAAGUAUCUAAAUAAAGCGACAAAUGAAUCGGAGGCAAAAAUUCAUCUUAUAAAAAUAGCACUAAAAGGAAGUGAUCUCUAUGGUGGUGAAGAAAAUGAAAUACUUGACAUGAAAUACGUUGAUGGAACCUAUCAGUACAUCAUUAGUGAGGCUCUAUUUUCUCACUAUGGAAACAUUAAUGGAUAUUUAGCUAAAAUCAUCAACAUGGCUGAUAAUAUAAAUUACUCGGUUCUUAAGAAAACGGUGUUUCAACAUCUUUCGAAAAAUUACACCAGUAGGGAAUAUUGUUCCAAUAAUAUUCCGUUCAGGAAUAUCGAUUCUAAUAAUAUUCCGUUAAGGAAUCAUGGUUCUAAAAAUAAUCCGUUACGGAAUCAUGGUUCUAAAAAUAAUCCGUUACGGAAUCAUGGUUUUAAAAAUAAUUCGUUACGGAAUCAUGGUUUUAAAAAUAAUUCGUUAGGGAAUUAUGGUUCCAAAAAUAAUCCAUUAGGGAAUUAUGGUUCAAAAAAUAUUCCAUUAGGAAAUUACAGUUUCAAACUCAACGGAUUGACAAUUCAAAAAGUUUUUCACAAUCAUAUUUGGCCAAUUUUCCCUCAACCCGAACAAGACAUGAGAAUAAUUGAAGUGAAUUAUAUAUACGCAAUGGUAGGUUUAAAAAUCGUCAGAUCUGUAUCGUCAACGACUCCGAAUAUUACGUUCAAAGAAUAUAUUCUAAUCUCCCGUGAAAUUGAUUUACAACAUUACAGUAAUGAAAACUAUGAAAUGGUACUAAAAUUAUUUUCAACACCAGCAUUAUUUUUUUACGCCUACAAUCAGAGGGCUAAAUUUCAAAAAAUUGAUUUUACCCUAUCUGAUGAAUUUUGGAUUGAAGCUUAUGAAAAUUUAUUUUCACACAUUAAUUUCACUGUGCAAAAAAUUGUACAAGAAGAUAUUGACACUAAUUUACAUUUUAAACUUGAGAGGGAAAUUAAUACUCUAAGAAGUCGUACAAAUUAUGCUUAUGAAAUAUUGAGAUUAUAUUGUAAUUAUGAGAAUAUUGCAGAAAUAUCGCCAAUUUAUGUGGAAAUUUUUAAAACUUUCUAUUUUUGGUUAACAAUGUUAUUACUUCCUAAACGAUGCCAAAUAAAUAAAUUUCCCGAUUUGGAAACUGCGUAUGAGGGACAAUUUCUAGAUAUCAAGAGAAUUUACAAUACAAUUGAAAGGCAUGCAAUUGAAAAUGUAUUAAUUGAUAGUAAAUUAGGUGAAGUAAUUAAUGAAAAAACUAGUGUUAUGCUAGCACGAAUUCCCGAUUAUCCACAGCGUUGUAUGUAUUGUUCACCAACUCCACGACAUGCAAAUAAUAAUACUUAUCUUCUAUUUGCAGUUGUGGAAAAAAAUAAGAAAAAUGAUUUUUAUGCAUUUAAACAGGAGAAAAAUGUUUUAGCUUUAUUAAAUUGUACGGGAAAUGAACGUGAAUUUGCUAAAGCAAUUGCUAAUGAUUCUUCCCUAAUGAUGGAAAUUGCAAUAUUUUCCCAAACUCUCAAAUACCAUAAUGAAGAUUACAGAGGAUUUAUUGCAAGAGUUGCGGAAAUAAAAACAAAACAAUUUUUAGAUAAUCUGAAAAAGUACUAUUAUGACGAAACAAUUGGGGAGAAAUUUCUAAAUUUUGUAAAAUCUCUAAUUCCAUUUUACAGUUGCAUUGAAAGUGCAAAAGCAGGAAGAAUGGCAGAAUCUGCUUUUGGUUGUACAAUGGAUGUUCUUAGUUUAAUUCCAUUUGUUGGUUUUGUUGCAAAAUAUACAGCUAGACUCACCAAUAGUUUGGCAAUGGAAAUUGGUAACAAAUAUCUAAUUACUAAUACUCUGGCAAGAGCAGGAAUUAUCUCCGAAUUACCAAUAAUUACAGUAUUAAAUCAAAUUUUCCAAACUGCUGUUAGAACAAUUGCAAAAGAAAUUCUAAAUCGAAGUCUUUUGAAAGAUUUAACUGUAGCUUCACUUCGAACACUGGAUCCGGGAUUUGAAUUCUUUUAUCAUGUUAGCAGUUUUGGUUAUCAUGCAUUUCGUAAAUUAUUUCGAAAUUUUAUUUCAUGGUUCAAGAAUAUUCCCACUGCUCACAAUACAGUUGAGUUGAUAAAAUCAUUAUUGAAGAAUAUCAAACAAAAUAUGGAUUUGCAAAAUGAUCAAAUGGGUUUGGUACCAUUUGUUUUAGCUAGACGUAAUGGUUACGAAAUUGUUAGACACUUUUAUCCAGGUGGAUCAAACUUUUUUGGACCUACUUGCCUGACUUCAUUUGGAAACACUGCGGAAUUAAGAACCAUUGAAGGGUAUUCAUUUCCUCUACCAGUUUUGAAAAAAUCCGGUUUCUACGAACAAUACAAUCCCAAAACUGGUGAUAAAAUUGGUAAAUUAAAAAUGAAUUCGGAUAUUCUCCAAAGGAUUGGGAAUUUAAUAAACGAAAUGAUUAUCAAUGGACGUGAUAUAAAUAUAAUUCGUAAUUAUCAUGUUUAUCAUAAUACAAUGAAUUGGAAUAAACCAAAUGAAGAACCAACGGAAAAUUUGAAUGCAGCACAAAAUGAGGAAUUACAACAAAAUCCUGUGACUACAAGAGAAAGCACAGUGGAACAUAAUUUUCAACAGUUAACUAAUCCCGAAUUUUUGAAUUUAUUUAGAGGAAAUCCAUUAAUAUACAAUUCUCCUCAAUUACAUAAUUCUGAAAUUCAAGUUACUCUAAGGGGAAAUUUGGGAUUUUUAGGAAUUCCUCCAAUGACAAAUAUUGAAUUAUCCGGAACAUUUAGAGCAAAUUUAUUGGGUCAAAAUAUUCCCCCUACUAAUUUCGAACAACCGGGAACUUCAAAUUCAUUUGCGACAAAUAAUAACUUAUUAAAACAAAAUCAAAACAAUAUUCCAGAAAAGAGAAAAAGAAUCGAAGAAAUGGAGCAAAAUCCGAAUAAUGUAAAAAAUUUAAUUUCACAAAGAUUAAGAAAUCGGCAUCAACCAAAAUUGGAACCAAAAUUUUAUCAAAAUAUCCUUAAGGCAACAUAUUCGGAUUAUGUAAAUAUUCUAAUGUUGUGGAAACAAAAUGGUUUGCCCUCCCUAAGAUUAGAUGGGGAGAAAAUAAAUUUUCUACGCAUUGCUGUUAAUAAUUUAGCAACUCUUCAGUUGACACAGGGACUUCCUUUAUUAAUACCGAGAAAAUUGUGGUACACUCAAAAAAUACAAGGACAACAUAAUAUUGAGAAAAUGCGAAAUUUAAAAGGAAAAACAUUUUUCUUCAAUGAUAUUAUAAUUUUGAAUAAUAAUCCACCGGGUACAAUUGAUUGGAGAAAAAUAGAUCCAUUUGCAGAGGAAAUUGAAAUACGUUAUCAUUUGACAAUUAAUUCACCGUAUGGUUUUGUGGAUAUAACAAAAUUUCACGAGGAAUUCAAAAAUAAUUACAUUACAUUCAAUGAUGUAUUAUUUACGAUAAAGGAUAUUUUUACAUCAUCAAAUAAUUUUGUUCUAAAUAUUCAAAUGGAAAAUCAGGGAAUGUCAAAAGAUCUAUGGCAAUUGUUUAGAGAAACCGAAAGCGGGAAUUUGUUACAAAAAAUUGAACGAACCGAACGAAUGAAAUCAAUUUUUAAUGCCGCUAAUUUAAUAGCUGAAAAUGCGCCACUUUGUACUUUUCAAUCAGCGGAGGAUUUAUUUUCAAUUCACAUUCUAAAUAUAAAAUCAAAUAUCGAAGUUCCAAGUUAUGAAACAUUUGCAAGGGAAUUUAAUAGCAUGAAAUAUCAUUAUAAUUAUAAUGAUUUUAAAAUCAAAAAACAUCCUUAUAUUCAAGAUGUGCUACUUAAUCGAAAUUUAGAUAAAAUUAUCAAUUUAUCUGAAGCGAGACAUAAAAUUCACGAUGUUUAUAAUUAUUUACAUGGGGAAAAUAUUGAAAUAGUAUUUAAUAAUUAUCAAAUGUUUCCAAAUAUCGAACAAAAUAUUCGUUUUGAGGAUUAUUAUGUACUAUUUUCAGAGUCAAUGAAUAAAUUAGUUGCUAAUAAUGAUGUAAUUAGACGAUUUGAAGCUGCAAUUAAUCGACUUGCUCUAAGGCAAUGUGAUGAGAAAAUAACAAUUACAAAUCCAAUGAAAAUUUAUCGUGGUGAAUUAAUGCAUAAGGAUUUGUAUCAAACAUUUGUUGAAGCAUUUGAAAAGAAAGAUAAUAUUGUAUUUGCUAAAUUUAAAAAAUUUUCCUCACACGCACGUUUAGAAGCAAGAAGAUUUUUGCCUUCUAAUAUUCCAUUAAAUCAAAUUCCAUUGUUAAUGAAAAUUACCAUUAAAAAUCGUGCGGGAAUUGCUGACGUUAGUCGUAUUUUUAAUGAUGAAAAUUUAAUUUAUGUUGUUACAGCGGAUUUUGAAUUUGUAAUUGAUAAUUUGAGUUUUCAGGAGAUUAAUAAUGAAAAAGUAUUGGUUAUGGAAAUGCAUGAUUAUGAAAUGCCAACGGAAAAACGAAUGGUACAAAUGGCAAAGAAACUCGAUGAAUUAUUUUCCACUGAAACUAAAUUUUAUUCAACUUUUUGA